ACGAGAUCCUGCCACGGAAAACGGAAGAAGAGGGGCUGGAAAACAGGAAAAGCUGCCGCCGUACCAAAAAGGAAGGGGUUUUGCACUGCCGACCGCGCGGAUUUCUAACGGCGCUUCCGAGGAUACCGUGAGUGAACCAGAGGUCACUUGGACCGCAGAAAAUAGGACCGAAACGGUGGCGGUGAUUUCUUCGAUCGUCUUUCCUUUUCGAUCGCGCCGCGCCUUCGAAGUCGAAGUGCAUUGCGAGUGUAUGUGUGUACGUACGUGUGUGUGCGCGUCUCCCGUCUCGUGGGGCAGGGUUUGCAAAAAUCCUGGUUUCCUGAAAGGCGCACCUCAAAGCGCCAGAAAAGCAUAUCCUGUCUGUUCCUCGAGGAGUGGUAGGAGGAAGAGGUGUUCCAAUUAGGGGUUCUGUCCGCGUGAGGAGUGCCGUGUUGUUCGUGCCAAGGGCUGCAGCGCGAAGAAGCAGCGUGGCGUUUUCGUGAAUGUCACACCGGGGGGGCUUUCCCGGCCGUCGACGGCCCUCCACAUCCAAGUGUGCGGGGAGCGCAUGAAGUGCAGCAGCUGCAGUUGCAGCAUUAUCAUCAGCACCAGCAACAAUAACAACAGCAGCGACCCAAACGUCGGCCGCGGCAAGAGAAAGGAAAAGCAAAGGCUGAAGCAGACGAAGACGACGACGACGACGACGACGCAACGACGAAGAAGAAGGCGAGCCAGCGAGUGAGCGAGGGAGCGGAGCACGGGGCCAACGCGCCGGUGUGAGGCGACGCAGUGUGGAAUAUGUCGGAUGUGAAACGUGUUACACUGACCACGAUAAGUGAUGUGGUAAGGAAGGGUGGUGUCGGUGGAGGAACGACGACCAUCUCCACCGGAAGCACCCUCAUGUCGUCGUCUUCCUUCGGUGGUGGAGCAUUUUCGCAGUUCGAGCUAUCUUCGGCGACCACCACCGCCACCGCAGCCGCUAGUGCGUUCGCCUCCAGCUCGUCCAUGUUCGGUGGCGCAGCAGGCGGCAAGGAUGCCAUCGGCGGAGGCGCAGCAGGAAAUAAUGGGAGCAAUAGUGGUGGGUCAUCGAAGAAACAGAAAACCGUGCGUCUGAACCUGAACCUCUUCGAACCGACCGCCGACAGCUUCCCGGAGUUCAACUUCUCCAAACUGAUCCACGAAGAACAGAAACGGUUGAAAAAGCUGCAUAAGAAGCACGAUGAAGAAGCGAAUGGUUUUCUGUCCGAUCCGGAACUGGACAACGACGUUGCACGUAUGGCACGGGAACUGGAGCUAAAGUACGGUUCUGGAUCAGCGUACGCUAGCAGCAAGAGCUCCAAGCACGCUCCACCUUCGAAGCUGGACUACUGCGAUCGCGGUGCCGGCUACGAUGAGGAAGAUUCGUUCAUCGACAACUCCGAAGCAUACGAUGAACUGAUGCCACAGGAAGUUGAAACGGUCGGUGGCGGAUUUUACAUCAAUUCGGGGCAGCUCGAGUUCAAGCAGUUGUCAAACUUUGAGCGUCCCGAGGAUGCUCAACGUAUGCCGAAACCGAAGAAACGUGCUCUAUCCACUUCUUCCGAGAGUAGCGAUGGUGAGGCCGAGCCGGAAACUACUGAAUCCAAAUCGAAACCGCAGGAAACCACGAGUGGUGGUCAGCUUUCGGGCGAGAAGAUUGUAUCCAACCAUAAGGAUCUGGGAGCUCAACAGCAGCCGCAGCAGCAGCAACAACAACAACAACAACCAGCACAGCCAAUGGAAUGUCAGUCAGGAAAUGAAGAUGCAACACCGUCUUUGACAGCCAGCAGUGGCACAGCAGUAGCCAUUAGCGGCAGCCAGGACGAGAAGGUACGCUUGAAUGGCCACGUAUCGAAGAAGCAGAAACUGAACGAUAAUGGCCAAUCGGCAGCACCGAAGGGAGGAAGUGGUACCGUAGAGGCAAUGGUCCUCGAGGAUAAACUAGUGCAGUCCUCGGCUUCCGGUGUGCUGCCGAUGUCCGGAGGAGAAAAGGAUUCGAAAUCAAAUGGCGUGAAAGGUGGAAAACCGACCAAUCCGGCUAGUUCAACAAAGAAGGAUGAGACAGCGGUGACCAUCGAGGGUGGUGGUGUGAAGACGGUAAAGACAACGACGGUAAAAGAUAUGCUGCGCGCGAAGCGGGACAGCUUGAGGAAGAUGGAGCAAGAGAAGAAGGGUCGCUCGAGUGGUUCGAGCCGUGUGUCCAGCUCGGAAGCGGAAGAAGACGGCGAUGAUGGCGGAGGGGACGAGGACGACGAGGAGGAUGAUGAGGAGAACGAUGAUGAGGAUGAAGAUGAUGAGGACGACGAUGAGGAUGAGGAUGACGAUGAGGACGAGGGUAGAAGUGAGAAGAACUCGCACGAUACCCGCUCCGAAGUCGACAUCGGAUCGGAUAGUGAAUCUAGCCGCGAAAGUACCAGCGAAAAGCCAGUGGCCAACGUUUCAACCAGCGUGCCAUCCACGAUGCCCAACAGCACAGUGACCACUAUUACCACUACUACCACUGCCGUCGCUAGCACUAUCGUUAGUGUUGCAGCUGCUGAUCCUCCGACGAUGAACGGUGGACCAAUGGAACCAGAGCAGCAGCAGCAGCAACAACCACAGCAACAGCAUCAGCAGCAUCAGCAGCAGCAACAGCAACAGCAACAGAUUGAAGAACGCAAGCGAAAGGAUUGUAAACUGCCAGAUGGUAUCGGAGAGUCACUGCGCAACGACAUUGGCACUCUGCUAGAGUUGGCCAACAGCCAGUCCGGUGGCGGUGGAAAGCUGAACUACUUUGAUAGCAAAGUGGCCGAUCUAAUGUUGCAGAUCGACGAGGCAUGCCGUAGCUACGGUGGUUCAGGUUCGAACAGUACGCGGAACGUGGUGUUCCGGUAUCUGGAGGCACACCUCUCGAUCAGUCGACAAUCUUUGCAGCUCAAACUGAAGAAAAUCCGCAUCCGGUGGCUCGAGAAUCGCUCAAAGAGCACACUGGGAAAGCUGGAAAAUGCGGUGAACCAGAUGAUGCCCGCCAUUCUGGCCAAAUACGAACUGGACUGUGCGAAGGUACAGGAGAUCCGUGCCGCACAGCAGGCACAGGCGGCCGCGACGGCCGCUGCUGCUGCCGCCGCCUCAAGCACUGCAAACAACAGUAGCAUUAGUGCCACCUCAUUGAUGACGAAUGGGGCGGAGAAGCCGGAUGCGGCACCUGUCUCGGUGCCGCAGGUGCGCAAUCCAAAGAAACGCUUCCCCUGGAACGAUCGUUCGAGCGUGCUACUGUGGGAGCUGUUCACACUUCGAUCGGAUAUGUACGGUCUGGUGCGGCCACGCAACGAAUCACAGGAAGAGUUUGUGGCCGACUAUUUGCGUACCCGGGUGGUACCACUGUGGCCGAAGGGUUGGAUACGGUACGAGGAUCUACAGAAGGAGCUCGAUCGCCGGAAAAAGGUACUGGCCAAGAUCCAGGGUGCUGCCGCUGGUACCGCUGCUGCUGCUGCUACUGCCGGUGGUGGCGGCGGUGCUGUGAAGGAACCGCACAGCAAGAAACCGAUCAUCAUGCUUUCACCCCUAACUUCACCCGGUCUACCGGAAUCGACUGGCACGAAGAUGAACGGAGUGCCGUCGGUCUCGGCCACCGACAUGACGAUGAGCAUCAGCGGAUCUCAGCGGACACCCAGUAACCAAUCUGCAGGUGGCAGUAAGUCGAAGCAAACUGACUCGGAACGAUCACCAUCAGCUGCCAUCGGCGGCAACGUCGUUGCCACUUCCACUGCCAGUCUCACCGGCGUCGUCCCGUAUAUCGGCGAUGGAUUAUCUCCAAAUCAUUCUUCCCUCCACAAGCGUACCUCCGAUCAUAGUAUUAGCAACAUUAUGAACUCACCUCCCCUUCCACCACCUGCCAGUACCAUCGACAGCAGACAUUCUCCGGGUGAUACGAACCGGAGUGCAGGCGGACGAAACAAUCACACCGGCAAUCGACGAUGCUCGUUCGAUGAUGAUCAUUCGGCUGGGGUACAGGCUGGGCAACGGCACGAACCGGUUGUGGUGAGUUCCACAAGCUCCAAGGAUGGUUCCUCGCCUCGCCGGGUACACUUCCCGGGGGGCACCACCGAAGGCAAGGGAUCCUCGUCGCAUCAUCACCAUCAUCAUCAUCGAAGAACGAGCCGUGAGGAGGACAGUGACAGUAGCAUCGAAAUCAUUGCCGAGUACAGUAUGACCGCCGGUGGUGUUAAUGCUGCUACCGGUGGUGGCGCGGUAGUGCAAGGAUCGAAAGGAUCUGGCAUGAUGAGCGGAUCGAACGUAACGUCUCCCAUGGUCGGUACGAACCUACCUGUGCUCAAUCGGGAAAAGUAUAAAAAUCUGAUCGCUGGCAAAACCAAAUCGGGCUCCUCCACUACAUCCUCGCACGCUGGCAGUCCUGUUGCCUCGAUGGAUCUUCCGUCUCCGAUGGGGACACCGACCGGGUCAUCCGGUUCCGGAUUGAAAUAUUCCAAACAUUCACCAGCGGCCGCCGUCAGUGGAUCUACGUCUGCAUCACCUUCUUUCAAUAGCUCCAUGGCUAAUGCCGUUGGUGGUGCGAGCGGAUUACCGUUUGCGAUUCCAUCGGGUGCGGUGAGCGGCGGCAGUGGCUCUUCGUUGGACAUUGUGGAUAUGCAGCAGAUAAUGAAAGAUCUCAAAGAGUUACAGGAGCUACAGCAACAUCACAAUGCCGGUGGAAACAGUGGCAGCAGUAACCGUAAAGUGCCGGAUACCUCAACAUUGCAGAACCAACAGCAGCAGCAGCAUCAGCAGCAGCAACAACAACCACCCCAUAAUGUUCAACUACCGCUGGCACAGUUUUUACCGCGAUCGUAAAGCGGGGAUCGCCGUCGUCUCCUUCGUUACGAUUCAACUACAACAAAGCACCAACCAAACUCUGGGAGAGGUUUUGUAAUGUGCGCGAUACCUAGUUAAGCUGCACGUUCAUCGGAUUACUUUAUUGACUGUGAUAUGGAUGACGAUGGCGAGGAUCUGGUGUUCUCUAGGGACAACUACCCGUACGGUCCACCGUAACGCUACCCGUCUGCGUAGUCAAUUCGUCUAUCCCAAGUCAUCCUCUCAGUAUCGCUUGUCACUAGUGCCACUCGCUGCUGGUGCGCUGCUGCUGCCGCCGUUACUACCACCACCGAGAAACCUCAAUUCUUCUCAGUUCCUUUACUCGUUCCAAAUAGCUUCAUAUUCCGUAGCCGUUCUGCCUUGAUUUCGUACCAUUCAUCAGAGAUCCCUCGAACAAACUGCCAAACGGCGAAGAAGAUGUCACCAUACUCCUGGAUUGACUGACGGAUUGGUGUUGCAGCCGAAAGUAUUCUCGUUCCUUAUGAGGCAGCUGGAUAGGACAAAACGAUCGUUGUUGGAUCGAGACAUCACAUCCCAAAAUUCAGGGGU